AUGAGUAGUGGAAAAGUAUUGGUAUACGGAGGGAAAGGAGCGCUGGGAUCUGUAGUUUUGGAUUACUUCAAAAAUAAUGGAUAUGUAGGUUGACUAACGUGCUUUGGAAUGAUUUUUUGACGUAUAUGCUUUCCCAUAAUUCAUGGGUCUUUGUUUUACCUUACAGGAAAGUACUCAACCUUCCCGGCUCAGAACCAGCUCAAAGUUUUUGUAUGAAUUGUUUGUACCACCAAGGGUACCCAUAAAAUUUUAGCUUGCGCUUUUGAGUUUUAAGAUUUAAAUAUUUGAGUUACCUGCCAAUUUGGCAACUUUGGCAUUGUGUUUCAUACACUUUUUGACUUUCCAGACAAUCUACGCUUACUAAUGUAAAAGUGUAGGUCCAUUUAAAGGUUCUCUACUAGUAUAUCAAAGAAAAAUGAUUAAAAUUCUAAAAAUGAAAAACUUAUAAAGUUGAAACACAAUGUCAAUUUGGCGAGAAAUUCGAAACGUAAUUUUUUGAUCUUGAUCUUCGAUUUAUUUACAGUGGGUAUUAAACGUUGAUUUGACUGAAAAUAGUUCUGCCAACGGAAACGUGGUCUUGGAUGUGAACGAUGACUGGACUACACAGGAAACAAAGGCUGCAACUCAGUAAGUUAUCUUCUUAUCUUUGAACUAUCACUAACUGUUUGGGGUCUAGACGAAUAUAUUCAAUAUCUUUGCGAUGUCUUGGCUUACUUUUCUUAAAUCUGUUUACUACUUUUGCUAAUUUUACGUUUUUACAAAUAUUAUUAUAGAGUUGAAAAGCUGUUGGCAGGCGACAAACUGGAUGCCAUUUUCUGUGUAGCUGGAGGAUGGGCUGGAGGUAGUGCUUCGAUUAAGGACUUCAUCAAGAAUGCCGAUCUGAUGUGGAAACAAAGUGUUUGGAGUUCAGCAAUCUCAGCUAGACUAGCUGCACUACACCUGAAGGAAGGUGGACUACUUCAGCUAACUGGAGCUGCCGCGGUAAGUUUGUCUUUGACAACUUUACGUUGUGUUUAUAAUGUUGGGCGGGUUAUUUUUUAAAUCUUUUGUGGACCUAGGAGAGGGGUUAUUUUGAAUUAUAAUCAAUGUUAUGAACUUUAAAAGUAAAAUGAUAUUGUAUAGGCGUUGGACGGCACUUCUGGAAUGAUUGGCUACGGUUUGGCUAAAGCAGCAGUCCACCAGCUAGUCCAGAGCCUGGGACAAGAGAAGAGUGGUCUCCCAGACAAUGCUACAGUAUUCGCCAUCUUGCCUGUCACUUUGGAUACACCUAUGAACAGGAAAUGGAUGCCUAAGGCUGAUCAUUCAACGUAAGCUUUUGGUGUGUAGAGUAAUAUGACAUAUUAAUAGUAGUAAUAUGACGGUAUACGUUAAAAGUACUGUAUGUAUAGUGUAAUAUAACAAUAUAUGUUAAUAUUACAGUAAAAUUACUAUGUGUUUUACUUACAAACCUUGACUUUCAGUUGGACUCCGUUGACAUUCAUCGCUGAAAACUUCCACAAAUGGCUAAAGGAACAAGGCUCUAGGCCAAAGACCGGUUCUCUGUUAAAAUUUGUCACAAAGGACGGCGAAACCUCAGUAACUGCUGCUUAA